AUGAACACAUUUGAAGAUUUCUCGAAUUUUGUUGGAAGUUUGGUUGGUGCGGUACGAGGUGGAUGUACAACAGAAGUGGUGAACACUCGCUACAAGGAUAUGUUCCAAGAAGACAUAAACUAUAAUGGAAUGGGCUACUCAUCAUUGAACAGUCUACUAGAGGCUUGUGCAAAAAAGGGAAUGAUUACACGUACUGGCAAUUGUUGGUAUCCGAAAAAGAAUAAAGAUAAUGAAGCACUUCUCAAGCUCGUAGAUGAAACCAGACCAACCGUCAAAAAUGGCAACAUUAAGACAUCACCAAGACAUCUGGGUGACAGAGGCGCUGGUAGGCUAAGGGGAGCUAGAUCGAAAAACGUGCCACUUCAACCGAUACAUGAGAGAAAGGAAUCGAAGCGACAUGUUUAUGGUGCAGCUUUCAAUUCACCACCAACCGAUGGUGAUCAAGUGGCAUCUAGCAGUGAUGGUCUAGAGUCGAUAUUAAUAUCAGGUGGCAGAUCUCGUGAACUGCCACCUGAUAUUAAUGGUGCCAUGGCGAAGCUUACUUGCCACUUGCCAUCUCGUGAAGUGCCACCACCUCCCGGUUAUGAAUCUCUGUACAGUGGUCGACUACCAUUUGGUGGUUUUUUUCGACUACCAUUUGGUAGUUCGUUCUCGUCAUCCUUUGAUUCUUCGAAUGUUUUGACUUCUUCAGCUGUGGGCGAAUGUGAUCCUCCAGCGAAAAACGACAUUAAAACUGUGGCGUCAUCUGGUGAUACGCCAUCACGUCAACCCACUCAACAACACUGCUUUGGACCGACGAAAAAACCGCAAGAGAAAGUUAUUCGUGAAGAAGAUCUGGUCGACAACGCAAAUUCGUCUUCACCGAAAUUGACCGAUAAAGAAACGGAGCGACUUCUUUUAACAGCCAAUUUGACAUAUCGUAUUCUGAAGGUGAAUGACGAACGAAUUGGCUAUCAGUCGUUGUGUAAAGAAUUAGGCAACUGGAAUAUUACAUUCAACGAAACGCUUUUUUGUGAACUCAUCGCCAAUUAUCCAAAUGUUUUCGAAUGUGAAUUCACUCGAAAAGGCCAUUUCGUGUAUCUAAGCGAAGGUGCAAAGCCUCCCACUCGUUUUGCUGUUGUGCCCAAUUCGAAUCUCCUCCAACCAAUUGUGACCGAAACUAUGAUCAGUGACUGUAAAUCGGCUAGCAGAAUACUGGAAGAGAUUCACUUGGACGAUUUAGAAGUUGUGCCUUAUCGUUCGGGUACAUACCGUUUCAAAAUCGUAUUCCGUCGUUCCAGUGAUCAUGAUCGUCAGUUGUUCAGCAAACUCAAUACUGACAUUCAUGAAUUCUACAAAAACAAUUGGGAUGCAAGUGGGUUGAGAACGGAUCAAUUGUCGACUGGUGAUCAUCUGGUGAUGCUGGUACGCAAUAAACAAGUGAAACGAGUCCGAUUUGAGGGCAUUAAUAAAGAUGGCAGUUUGAAAGUGUUUUCGCUCGAUGACAAUUCUUACGAAGAGACGUCAGCUUCAAACUUAAAUCGGGAAUUUCGGAAGGCGUUCGAUAGCCUGCGAAGAAGUUCCUUAUCUGGUGAUGCCGGAAAUACAAGGGCAAAUAUUCAGAUCUAUUGUAAUCCAAGUGCGACAUUGUUUCAUGUUGUGCAGUUGCGAGUGAACCGGCGAUGCUUACCAGAUUGUUUCAUAAAAGAUCAUUUCAUUGAACUAAUCAAUCAUAAUCGGGUGGUUUACAGUGAGGAAGAAAAUGGACAAACUGAGAAUAAUGAAAACGAUAGUGACGCACAAAUGUGGCAUGUCGGCGUUUUCGUAUAA